AUGCUUUUUGAACCGCAAAGCGCUGGGGCCGGUCAUCAUCAGGUCAGCAAGGCUGUUCCCAUAGGACCACCUUUGCACGCCUUACAUCCAGCCAGUUCCUGGCAACCUCCUCUCCGAAACAUUUCCAUUUCUUCACUUCAACCAACAGAGCUGGUGACGCGGAAGUUAUUGAAGAGAUCCCGACCACAGGAAGAAACAGACCGUUUUGGAGAAAGUAUGUCCAGGAAGAAAAGGAGAUUGAGGCACGAACUCGUGACUUCCAGGCUGAGCAGACCAUACGCGACGCCAGCAACACACAUCGCUCGAGGGGCUUGGCGCCUUGGUGUCUGGGCUAGGCAGAGGUUAUCGGGCGGUCUACUCCUUCGGAAAGGGGCAAUACUGAACUCGAUUGCCAAGAAGAGGAAAAAAGCGACACUAGAAAGCACAAAGAAGAUAGGAUUUCAUGAAGCGAAUAGGGCACCCAUGUACGGCAAUACUUGCUACAUGAUCUCGCCACGGGCUAAUAACAUUAGAUCGCAAUCAGAUUCUUCGCACAAUCCGCCAUCACAAGCAUCUUUGAAACCAUUUUCAGUCUUUACAUCGUCCGACUACGAUGCUUUCGACUAUGAGGAGAACGAACCCAUCGAGGAUGAAGAAGAUGAAGAGGACAAUGUUGGUGAUAACCAGCCUGUGUACAGCGACUUCCGCAUGCUAGGUUCCUCUGAUUCGGACGAGGAAUUUGGCGAUGCUUCUUACUCGUUUGAUACGCUAGACACCAGCUAUCACCUUGGGAUAGAUCAUGGCGAAAAGGCAAUCCAUCUCGUCAUGGAGAACGAAAGGCAGGACGAAGUGUCGGUGGCACCCGUGACAGCCCGGAUCCCAUCUUCUUCCUAUUCAGGGCUCGUUGCAGCUGGGGUUUAA